ACUCCGAUCGACCGAGCCCCCACAUGCAGGCUUGCCAGUUGCCAGCUUCCCGCCAGCUUCAGUCCAGCACCCCACGCGGCGCGCCACCGUAUCUACGCGUACCGCGCACGCAGGCGCACGCGCCAGUCCUCGAGGAUUUGUCCCAUACCGGCGAGCGUCGAGCGAGAGGACCAGCUGAAAUGGCGUGCUGCUCCGACGAUAGUUCGCCGGGCCUCGUAGCGGUGGCCCACGUCAUCCCAAGCUUGGGGGCAAAGGUGUUGGCUCGACGGGGUGGGAGAGCACCAUGUACUGGAACCGACACCCCUGGCUCUGCGGGUCUGACGGUGUGACGGUCAAGGAUGACGGUCCUGGUCACCGUAAAUCCGGAUGGUUCCUGCAUGAAGGGGGCUGGCUCGCUCCGUAUCAAUGCCAGCACUCUAUCGAGCCACCACCUUUUCAUUCUCUAAUCACCGAUAGUGCCAUCUUACCAGUUAGGCCUUCUGAGCCUGUUUGUUCCUUCUAUGCAAAAACAGGCAAAUGCAAAUUUGGUGCAAAUUGCAAGUUCAAUCAUCCAAUGCCAUCUGUGAUUGCAAAGGAAACCAUAUAUACAGCAACAACUGAUGCAGCAGCACACAUUGGUGCAGCAGAUGAUCUGGUUCCAGCAAAGAUGCAUGCACCAACUGCCUCAUCUGAGGCACAUAACCCAAAGGGGCUUCCUAUAAGACCAGGUGAAGUGGACUGCUCGUUUUAUAUGAAGACAGGCAGCUGCAAAUAUGGUUCUAUUUGUCGCUUCAACCAUCCUUAUCGGCCAGUUGUGGAUAUAGCAUUGAUGGCUCCACUGGUUCAAACUACUCUUCCUACUCCAGCACCCAUUAUGUCGGCGCCGAUGUUAAACCCGGCUGCAAAUAUUCUGCAAAGCUUUGAUUUUCAUGUGACUCAUGUGCCGUUUUACAUGAAGACAGGAUUUUGCAAGUAUUCUCAGAAAUGCAAGUUUCACCAUCCUAUGAACCGCUCUGAACCUGGUGCCAACGGAAACUGGGAUCCUGAGCAGCCUGUGACACUUACUCUUGCUGGCCUUCCAAGGAGAGAGAGCGCCGAGGCGUGUGCCUUCUACAUGAGGUCUGGCACGUGCAGGUAUGGCGCGCACUGCAAGUUCGACCACCCUCCCCCACAGGAGGCUAUUUCCAAGCUGCAGGCGGCCGGAAAGGAAGAUGAGGAGAAGAAAGAAGGUGAAGCAAAGGAAGGGAGCGUCGUCCCGUGAUUGCCACCUGCCUCGGGCUUGUAAUACAUAGCGAAACGCGCUGUCGGGUUGAUGGUUGCCUGGGUCUUGAUGGGCUUCUGAGCUGUGAAGUUGAGUACCACCGGAAGGAGUCUAUCGGAGCAGUGCUGGUGGUACUAGCGAGUUACCUUCGUUUGUUGCCGUAGAUAACAGUAACCUGGCACAUAAUGGUCAUGUUGCCAUAUUGCAGCAACGCAUUCUUUGGCUUUGCCACUACGCACCUGUGCUUCGUUGUACGCAUUGCCCGGCCGUACGUAACUUCGCAUUGAAGAGCA